AGGACUUUCUUAUUCCCCACGCACAUUUAUCUUACCAAGUUUCCCUGAUGCUCUGCAUUUCCCUCCCUAGUCCCAGCGCCCAACCUUGCUAACGGGAAGAACCGAGCGGGAGGGAGAAGAGCUGACUACGAUGCCCUCCAUCUUCUCCUUAAGCCUACUUACUAUCAUCUAAUUGUCAACCUACCAUGGCGAUUCCAAACCCUACAUCAUUGUCGUUUCUACCAUCCAAGCCCUCAUUUCCCGCUUCCCUCCAUCGGGCCUAUAACUACCGCCUCCCCAUACUCCGCCUCCGUGCUGCUGCUGAAGCUUCAGACGCUGCAGCCUCUCCUUCUCCGGGCUGGUUCGUUCCCCCGGGCCCUCCCUCCGGCUGGGAUGGUAUGGUUACCGGCAGGAGCCCUGGGGUGAGGACUAACGCCCAGGAGGAUGAUAAGGGCGUCGGUAGGAUGAAAAAGAAGCGAUGGUGGUGGUGGUCUCGAGACAGGGAGAGCUAUCUGGUUGAUGAUUCCGACGCUCUUCCACUUCCGAUGACCUAUCCAGAUUCGUCGCCGGCUACUCCGGAAGAGAUAGACCGGCGCGUCAAAUGCGAUCCGAUUGUCCAGGAAUGCAAGGAAGUUGUCUACGAGUGGACAGGGAAGUGUAGGAGUUGCCAGGGGACGGGUUUUGUUAGUUAUUACAGCAAGAAGGGGCGUGAGACUAUCUGCAAGUGUAUUCCUUGUCUUGGUUUAGGUAAUGAUGCCGUCCUUUGGCGCUUCAUGCUCUUAUUUUGCUGCGACUUCAGCUAUGUUACGGGCUGCCGAAUCGAAAACAAAAGAACUGAAGAUGGGAGCGAAUAUGCAAAUGCACGGACUUCAGCUACGCUAUGGGCUACUGGAUCGAAGACAGAAGAACUGAAGAUGGGAGCGAAUUUGCCAAUGCACGAGUACGGGCUGCCGGCUGGACGAACUAUUUGGAGACAAUCUUGCGUCGAGCGAGAGCUUAUGAGCCCGCAAGAGCUUCUGAGGCUGGAGGCAGAGGUGACGACUGACGAGACGUGCUUCCUUCUCCUGUUCUCCAUGCGUGGCCUUUUAAACCCGAACAGGAACAUGUGA